GCGAGUGAGUCGCUCUCAUCUCAGUCUCCGCGGCACGCACGGAGAUAGCAGGAGCGCAAGCUUCAGUCUCGUGCUGCACAGUGAGCGAAAAGAAAAAGAAAAAAAAAGCUAACGAAAAAUAAACAAAGGAAAAAAAAACUUUAUUUGAGUCAGGAAGAAAAAGAAAUGAAAGAAAAAAAAGACGCGUGAUCUUCAAAGCCUUGGAAACAUUAAUAAUGCUGCGUAAAACGAGUGGGUAACUUCGGCUGUAGCGGCGUGUGUAGUGAGAGGCUCUUACAGCAGCAGCAAUAAGCAAACAUGGCGCUGCGAGGCAUUACGGUGCUGCAAUAAUUAAUGGAGUUCGUGGACCGUCGCCACCUGUACUAACUACCUUGGCUUUAUACACUAAAACCUGAAGUUGCUGUCAGUCCACGCAACAUCGGAAUUGCAAGGAUCGGGAUUGUUAUAAACAGGUCUGUAAUUCAGAGGAUGUCUAGGUGUUCUUUUAUUUUUAGCGCACAGUGUCCUCCCUACUGGAAAUACAUCGCGACUCGCUGGAUCGCUAGAGAGAAAGUGUUGACUUAUCGGUAUGUGCACCAUUAGAAAUGGAUAUUAAAAAGGAUCGCAGAAACGUAAAAUAUUCGAAUUGAUGCAUCUAGGUGGAUUGCAUAUGCUAAAACAAGUCAUUUAUCUUGUAAGCAGGACUUUCAUUUUGUUCCUCGCAGCACGGGAUAUCUGAUACAACUAGGAGGAGAGUAUUGGCUUGGAUUUGUUUCUUUCGUUAGACAAACAUACACUGUCAGUGUCUGUUUUGAAUUCGUGUGGUUUUUAAAACUUUGUCAAGACCUUCCAAUCACAUCUAUUAGUGGCCAGAACCACACGGAUUUAUAUUCACCUUAUUUCUGAUUCAGGAGCGAGCCUCGGAAUAGAAAGGCGCCGCAGCGCGAGGGGACGUCAUGCUCUCUGCAACACCCUUGUAUGGAACAGUUCACAGCUGGAUGAACAAUGAGAGAGUACGCAUGUGUGGAAUUAACGAGGAGAGGAAAGUCCCGGUAGCUGAUGGAGAAUCCCAGAAAAGCAGGUUGGAACUGAGGGAAGCGAAUCACCUUGCACCCAAUAUGGUGGACGCCAGUGCAGCACGGAGGAACACGCUGGCAGCCCUCAGCAUGGACCGGAGCAGCCUGAUGGGUGUUCAUGGGGGGAUGAUUUACCCAGGGAUCCGGGCACUCUCCACUGGCACUGACAAGAGUAGGGAGGGCAUGCCCUUGGGUUACAUUAGUGACCGCGUGCCAGAGUUGCGCUACAAACCCAUGGCAGCUGUGUCUCCAGAGUCGCCACUAGAAAAUGGGAAGCAUUCUAAUGGUUAUGGCGGCCUCUACAAGACCUCUCCUCCAGGACUGCACAAGCCAGUGAUGGUCCCUGGUGGGGGAGAGACUCUGGGGUUAGACCGUCGAUCGAUUGUUGAAAAACACACUGAACUGGGCCUGAACGGCAGCAGCUACUUUCGACUCCCCUGGGUCAGCCCUUACCUUGAGGCUGGAGUAUACCCCUUCCUGGACCCUGCAAACAAAUAUGCACUUAGCAUGUAUAAGGCCUCCUUUCUUUCCCAGCAUUCCCCCUACCUGCCACAGCACUUGGCCUACUCACCCCUGUGUGGUGGCGGGGCUGGUGCAGGAAGUGAACGCUUUCUCUACCUUCCUCCUUACGCCCCGACACACAUGCCUUCUUCAUUAGCGUCCCCCAUGAGGAUCCCUACAGCCGCCACUGCCACCACUGCCCCCACCCUUUCCCCCCUUCUCCACUGUCAGGAGAAGGGCCUGGCUGGGAUCAGUUCCAGGAUGCACCAUGAACCGUCUGCUUUUGGGCCCCACCACCAGCAGUCACAACAGCUCCACCACCACCAGCAGCAGCAUCAAGCACAGCAGCUGCAGUCACACAGUGACAGGCAGCACAGUAGCAAGCAAAGCCGAACGCCCUUGGGAAAAGGGACUAGCGGCGGCAGUCUUGCAGUCGACUCCCCACUCCUUCUACUGCAGUCGCCCCAGACAACCUCUCGCCUCCAUCCACCUACCACCCAACCCCUCACCCUCAGGGAGAACCCCUCGGACUUUCAUAAGCCUCUCCCCAGGAUGCCAGCAACCCCCUGCCCAUCAGUGUCCCUUCCUUUCUCCUGGCCCCCCAGCAUGGCCCCUGAGAACCCUUCUCCAGCCCGACCUACCAGCCAUAAGCCCAAAUCCCGGGAUGCAGCAACAGCUGAAUCCCGAAACAGCGAGCGCCAGGACAGGAAAACAAGCCGGUCCCCCUCGACAGCGGAAAAGCAAAAGCAGCAGAAGCACCAGCAGAAGCAGCAGCAGACCCCCACCAAAGGUCCAGCAGACAAGCCCUUGGAUCUGUCUGCCAAAGUCGUGGACUUUGGAAAUGCCCCAGAUGGAUACUCCCCCAAGGAAGAUGGCAUUGCUAGAGUGGGCCACUCACCAACUGGCCGUUAUGGACUGCUUCUCCAGGACACCGUGUCCCCAUCCUCUUCUGCUGUGAGUGUCUCCUCCACUGCUCCUGAGAGACCUGAAAUGAUCAGCACUUUACGCUCCUCCUGGGUAGUUCCUGGCCCAGGCCCCCCACCCUCUUCGCAAAGCAAGAGCCCAGCUGUGCUAAAAAACAAGACCCUGGAACGUGUUCUGCCCCAGCAACGCAGUUCCUCCUGCCCCAGGAUUGGGGAGUCAAACAGCUGCCCUGCCACUAAUCCGGUCCCUGGCUUGGUGCCGAGUUUGAGUCGACCGGCUUCUGCCAGUCCCUCACCCAAUGCCAAUGGCGAGUGGCCCAAGGCAAAUGCUGAUCACUCUGAAAAAAUUGCCCCAGGCAACCAUGCUGGCAAUCAGCCAUCCUCUGUCAAACAUAACAAAGCAUACAAAAGAGGUGAGAGCCAGGAUUUGGGCUAUAAGCAGCAAAAACAGCAGCAGCAUCUGGAGAAUGGGCACACACCUAGCCACCUGUUUCUACCACAGAACGAAGCCUUUCUCCCUCCUGCUUUGGCCUAUGCCAACAGAUAUCUGCCCUACCCUGUCCAAGAGGGAUUGUCCCUUGCUCAUUUACCUUUACCAGGGAAAGGGCCAGUCUACCCACCUACAAUGAUGAUGGGCAGUGGCAGCCUCUAUCCGGCACGCCUGCCCCCAAAGCACAGCCUCCCUUAUGGACUGCCCACCAGCCGGGGAGAAUUUCUGACUUACCAGGACUCCCAGGAGAUGAUUCACCCCUUGAUGUCGUCCCCCCUUGUAUCGCUGGAGGCUAAAGCCAGUGAGAGGCCUGAAUGGCGGUCGAGGUUGCAGGAUCGGCAGAUUGAGGAGUCUGCUCACAAAAGCUGUCCCGCGACCGAAAGGAUUGACCCAAGCUCCAGGCCAGGCAAGGAGACCCUGAUUGAGCAGGCAAGCCAGAGUACAAAGGAGCACAGGAAACUAGUGACGGACAAAGCAAGAAUUGUUUGCAUUGACUUGAUCCAGGACGACUCAGAUCCGGGAACCAAACUGGCCAAACAAAGCAGUCCCAACAGCAAGAAAGGAGAUGCCACUAAGUUAGGUGGAUUUGAGGGUAAAGGACAGCAGCUGAAGGAGCUUCUCUCUAGUGUGGAUGCAGCUCUUAAACCGCCAGAGCCAGAAAGGCACCCAAGGAUCUGCAGCCCGGCCAAGCAGGAGGAGCAGGGUUGUGCCACCCCAAGCUUCUGCAGAGAACAGCACCUAUCUCCACACCAGGGUCAAGGCCAGGACAGCCCAGUCGGACCCAGUCCCCUCCCUGACUUUUCAGAGCAGCAGACAUUCUGCUGUGCUAGGACAUCUGGGACAAGGGGGGUAGAAGAUACAGCCUCCAUCGCUGAAAGGCUGGGUUUCCAUCAGCACCUCUUCCAACACCAGCACCAUGGCUUUGACAAGAAAAGCCUCGAUGGGGACACACAUGAUGAUGAGGACGAUGACCACAACUCUGCCGGAUCUAGGAAGUCCAACCUGGCCAAGCGGAUUGCCAACUCGGCUGGUUACGUGGGCGAUCGCUUCAAGUGUGUCACCACGGAGCUGUACGCUGACACCAGCAAGCUGAGUCGAGAGCAGCGAGCACUGCAGAUGGAACGAUUAUCACAAGAGGACAGUAAUUUAAGUCAACCUGCUGCUAACUGUGAGCGUGCAAUGAUGCGUUUCUCCGAGCUGGAACUGAAGGAAAAGGAGGGCAGCGCAACAGUGAGAGACCCUGCAGACAGCCAGCCCAGCGAGACGCCUUGGGAGAGCGGAGGGGGGACUGCAAACAUCGGCAAGGCAGGCCAGGGGAAGGAGGCCUGUGGGGAAGGUGGAUUAGCUGUCCCUGAGAUCCACAGAGGUGUUGGCUUCCUAAGCUGUGCUCCGGAAAAUGAACGGCUGGUUGAGGGGGAGGGUUUGCAGCUGGAAGAAAAACAACAAAGCCAGCCGAGGGAGGAUGUUGGCCUCUGUGCUCGCCCGGCACUGCCCAGGAAACGUGAACACAGCAAGGAAAGGCCUCAGGAUGAGGGGAGGUGCUGUGACAGUGCCUCUGAGGAGCUGGGAGAGGACAGCAAAAGAAAGAGGAUUCUGAGGGACGACUGGACGGAGAAGGACUUUCCCAACCCAUCCGCUGAGCACGUCUUGGAAGAGUCUUGUUGCAAUGAAGUGAAGAACCUUAAAGUGUGCAUUGAGCUGACAGGACUGCACCCCUGCAAGCAGCGCCACCUCCAGCACCUCCGGGAGCUCUGGGAGCAGCAGCUUUCACCCGAGAGGCCGACCCCGCCCCUGGCACCGUCACCUCUCGUUGCACACAGCAGGAAGACUGACUCUGCAGAGCCCUGCCAGCCAGAGGCCACAGCAAACGAAAGGAAAAGUUCAGAGGGCAAGGGCAAUAGAAGCCGGUCGGAAGAGCGUCUCUGUAGGAGUGACACAGAGAAAGGUUUACCCACUCUUCCUGCCUCCCCACCGUGCAAAGGGGCUUGCCCUGAAUCAGGCUCGAACACAGAAGCUGUGCUCAGGAAAAAGACCCCCCAGUCUGGGUCCCGGCUCUCUGACAAGCGACAGAGGUUGAAGGAGCACCGCAAGACCAGUGGCUUGUGCAAGUCCCCCGCAACAGGGAAGGAGUGUGACACACCCAGGCUGCAAAGUGACGUGGACUUUGAGAAACCCAAAGGGAAGCGGCAGUGCAAAACCAAACACAUCAGCCUGAGGGGGCGCAGGAGGACAUCUGUGACCGGAGACGAGAGCACCGACGCCGAGCACGGGGAAGAAAAGGUCAGUGUAAAGAGAUCCUCCAGAAAACGGACAGCCUCUAAUUCGGAUUAUGACUCUUCAGCGGCCAAGCCUUGCGCCCCCAAGGCCUCCCUCAUCCUCCCACAGACCCCGAGCACCCACCCUUCACCUCUGCCUGUUGGGAACCCCCCUCAGGAGACCCCCACCAGCCGGCCCAUGCCACCUGAAGCACGAAGGCUGAUUGUCAAUAAGAAUGCCGGCGAGACGCUGCUACAAAGGGCUGCCCGUCUGGGUUACGAGGAAGUGGUUCUAUACUGCUUAGAAAAUAAGGUGUGUGAUGUGAAUCACCGUGACAAUGCCGGGUACUGUGCUCUGCAUGAAGCUUGUGCCAGGGGCUGGCUGUCCAUCGUGCAGCACCUCUUGGAGUAUGGAGCUGAUGUCAACUGCAGUGCCCAGGAUGGAACCAGGCCUCUCCAUGAUGCUGUGGAGAAUGACCACCUGGAUAUUGUUCGGUUGCUGCUUUCCUUUGGGGCGGACCCCACUCUCGCCACCUACUCGGGGCGCAGCAUCCUCAAGAUGACCCACAGUGACUUGAUGGAGAAGUUUCUGUCAGAGUACUUUGCUGACCUGCAGAGCCGAAGAGACGAUGACCCUGGCCUGUACUGGGACUUCUACGGCAGCUGUGUGUGCGAGCCAAACGAUGAAACUGCAGCUUUUGACAUUCUGGCCAACCCACCGGGCCCCGGCGACACGGAGGAGGAGGAGGAGGAGGAAGAAGAGGAGGAAGAAGAGGAUUUUAAAGAAGUGUUCGCGUUCGAGUUCUCCGAUCGCCCGCUCCUGCCAUGCUAUAACAUCCAAGUGUCUCUCUCUCAGGGGCCUCGGAACUGGCUGCUGCUUUCAGACGUGCUGAAGAGGCUGAAGAUGACGCCCCGCGGGUUCCGCUGCAGCUUCUCUCACAUCGAGGUGGUGACGAUUGCAGAGGCAGAGUUUUACAAGCAGGCGUCGCUCAGCCAGCUCCUGACAUGCCCCGAGGAUCUGGAGGCCUUCGUCCCCGACAGCAAGGAGCUGCUGGACUUGGUGGAGUUCACCGGGGAGCUGGUGCGACUGCUGGGCUCCACGCUGGAGUGCCUGGAUGACAAGCGGGGAGGAGGCCCCGCCUUGCUGGACAGGUCCUGACCUUCCAGGCAGUCCUCUCACUGAACUCUCAUCAGAGGAUUUAUUAAUACAGACAUUGAAAUAUAUAUGUAUAAAUAUUUGUACAUAGUGUACAUAUGUGUUACAUAUUGGAAAAAAAAACAAAACAACGACUGGAUAACAUCACUGCCUGGACAAUUGGAUUAUUCCGAUAUCAUUUAGGGUUUUUUUUUUUUAAAUCUGUUUUUAUAGAUUGCUUUCUUUUUAAACACCUUCAUAAUGUCUUGUCCCCACCACCCCCAGUCAGAAUAAUGUAUACAUUUCCACGGUCAAUUUUAAAUGUUUUGUAAUUUUGAAAAAGCAUAAUAUCAAAACAGAAAAAAAUAGGUA